AAGCGCGUGACUUGUGCGGGAAGAGAAGAGCCACCACCCAGAAAAAACCAUCCCACCUUACACCAAACCUCCAUCGCCAUUCUCGAUUCUCGACAGGAAAGAAAAUCAAAAUGGCGCCCGCAAACACAGGAGCGAAGAAGCAGAAGAAGAAGUGGAGCAAGGGCCGGGUCAAGGACAAGGCCCAGCACGCUGUUCUUCUCGACAAGGCCACUUCCGAAAAGCUCUACAAGGACGUCCAAUCUUACCGCCUCGUUACCGUUGCCACUCUCGUCGACAGACUAAAGAUCAAUGGCUCGCUGGCACGGACAUGCCUGAAGGACUUGGAGGAGAAGGGCCAGAUCAGGCAGAUUGUGGGACACAGCAAGAUGAAGAUCUACACUCGUGCCGUUGGCGCCACCGACUAAAUCUCUCGACCUGAUAUGGACAUGGAAGUCAAUCAUUGCGGAGUUGGGAUGAAGGUUGCUCGGGGAUUCAAUGGGAACUCGGAAAUGGCUUCGUCUUCAUGGGGCUGGGCAUGUUACGACUCGAUAUAGCUCAGGGAUUG